AAGGAUUCACUCAGUCAUCCAGCCUGCUGACACACCAGCAAGUUCACACUGGAGAGAGACCAUUCACCUGCACGAUAUGUGAGAAAGGAUUCACUGGGUCCUCUGAUCUGCUGAAGCACCAGCGAAUUCACACUGAGGAGAAGCCCUUCAGCUGUACUCCCUGUGGAAAGAGAUUCAGGACUUCCUUCAAUCUCAAAGUUCAUCAGCGAGUUCACACUGGGGAGAGGCCAUUCACCUGCUCCAAGUGUGGGAAGGGAUUCACUAAGUCAUCCAACCUACUGACACACCAGCGAGUUCACACUGGAGAGAGACCAUUCACUUGCUCCGAGUGUGGGAGGGGAUUCACUCAGUCAUCCAACCUGCUGACCCACCAGCGAGUUCACACAAGAAGAGGCCGUUCUGCUGUAUUUCCUAUGGAAAGAGAUUCAGGCCUUCAUUCCACCUCAGUGUACACCAACGAGUUCAUACUGGAGAGAGGCCAUUCACCUGCUCUGUGUGUGGGAAGGGAUUCACUUGUUUCUCCAACAUGUUGAAGCACAAGCGAGUUCACACUGGGAUGAGGCUAUUCACCUGAUCUGAGUGCAGGAAGGGAUUUACUUGUUGAUCUCACCUGUUCAGACACCAGCGAAUUCACAAGUGUCUGCAGGGGUUGGAUUCUGCUGUUAUUGCUGCUGUUAAUCACAUCCAGAACUGAACCAUGUUCAUUCUGACAGUUGUGGUUUGUUUCUGCUGAUAUUAGUAAUCCAUGUAACUGGGCUUAAUAUUUUGGAUCCAUAACUGAUUGUGUUCUUGGGGCUGUAGUGUCCCUUUAAGAACUGCUGUCCCUGAUCUUUCCCCAUGAUUCAGGAACUCUCAUCAGACAUUAGUUUUCAACAAAAUUCUGAACGUUUACUUCAAUCCCAAAUUGGUCUUUGGUAUGAACUCUACAGCUCAGUGUCUGAGAGGUUUUGAUCGAGUGCAUAGAGAGAGAAUGUUUCCUCUUGUGGGGAAGAGCAUAACUAGAGACCAUCAAUAUAAGGUAGACUCUGCCCCCAUCUCCCGACACCCUGCCCGCAUCUCCAGACAUCCUGUCCCAUCUCCCGACAUAUUGCCUCAUCUACGGACACCUUGCCCCACCUCCCGACACGUUGUCCCCAUCUCUAUAUUCUUCCAGUUUGGUUGAUAGAUCACCGACCUGAAACAUUCACUCUGUUUCCCUCUCCAUAGAAGCUGUUUGACCUGCUGAGUGUUUCCAACAUUUUCUGUUUUGAGGUCGGAUUCCCAGCAUCUGCAGUAUCUUGUUUUUGGGUCACAGUGGAUCAGUUUUCUCUGAUUUAUCGUUCCCUGUUUAAAGGUGAAGAAGGAGCUUUUACAGAAUGAGACAAUAACUGUCCCCCUGUUCGACAUGAAACUAAACUCACUGUUAAUUCCUCCUCAGUAACAAUUGUAAACACAAAGCUUCCAGCCGGGAUUGAACCGGGGACUUUCUCAUGUAAAGUAAACGUGAUAAUCAGUGCACUAGGGAAAUGAGUGUGAAUCCCCCCCGGACAGAGGGGAACUGACCAUCCAUCUCCAGCUCUAAUUCCCAAACAGAAAAUGCUGCCAAGAAUCAGCAAGUCAGGCUGAGUCUGUGGCCGCUCUCACCAUCUGAAACCGUCACAAUGCCCGGCUGAUUGACGGCAGCUCCGGACCAAUAGGAAGAGGAGGCGGGACUGGAGGACCGGGCGGGAGCGAAUGGUCCUCCAACCAAUCGGAGUAAACGAGCGGCGGGAUCGAGAGCUGAGGUUCCGCGCAGGCGCGGUGUCAUUGUACCUGAAGCCCGGGGAUUGCGGCAGCUGAAGGAGGAGGCGGGAAAGGGAUUUUUGAAGAUCUGGAAUUUGAGGCAGGAAACAGCAGUCAAAUCUGACAGAGUCACUUAGUUCAUCAGAUCCUGAACAGCAUUGGAUUUUGAACAUGGAAGGAAAAAGCACUGUUCAUAGUGGGGAGAAACCGUACACGUGUUGUGUGUGUGGACAAGGCUUCAGCGAAUCAUCUGACCUGUUGAGGCACAAGUGCAGUCACAACAGGGGGAAACCAUGGAAAUGUGGGGACUGUGGGAAGAGAUUCAGAACCCCUUCUGAGCUGGAAAUUCAUCAGCGCAGUCACACCGGGGAGAGGCCAUUCACCUGCUCUGAGUGUGGGAAGGGAUUCAUUCAGUUAUCCACCCUGCAGACACACCAGCGAGUUCACACUGGGGAGAGGCUGUUCACCUGCUCCAAGUGUGGGAAAGGAUUCACCCGAUCAUCCAACCUGCUGAGACACCAGCAAGUUCACACAGGGGAGACACCAUUCACCUGCUCCAAAUGUGGGAAGAGAUUCACUCGCUUAUCCACCCUGCUGCAACACCAGCGAGUUCAUGCUGGGGAGAGGCCAUUUACCUGCCCUGAGUGCAGAAAGGGAUUCACUACCUCAUCUAUCUUGUCGAAACACCAGCGAGUUCACACUGGAGAGUUCGCCUGCCCUGAAUGUGGGAAUGCAUUCACUGAUUCAUCCACCCUGCAGAAACACCAGCGAGUUCACACUGGGGAGAGACCUUUUCAAUGUCCAGACUGCGAAAUGUGCUUUAAGAGUUCCGGAGAGCUGAUAUCUCAUCAGCGUGUUCACACUGAGGAGAGACCGUUCAGGUGCUCUCUGUGUGGGACUGGGUUCAGGUGGUCAUCUCAACUCACUGUGCACCAGCGAACUCACACUGGGGAGAGACCAUUCUCCUGCUCCGAGUGUGGGAAGGGAUUCACCCAGUCAUUUAACCUGCUGAGACACCAGCGAGUUCACACUGCUGAGAGACCUUUUAAAUGCCCAGACUGCGGAAAUUGCUUUAAAAGUCCCAGGGAAUUGAUAUCCCAUCGACGUGUUCACACUGACGAGAGACCAUUCCAGUGCUCUCAGUGUGGGGCUGGGUUCAGGCAUUCAUCUCACCUCACUGUACAUCAGCGUACUCAUACUGGGGAGAGACCAUUCACCUGCUCCAAGUGUGGGAAGGGAUUCACUCAGUCAUCUCACCUGCUGACACACCAACGAGUUCACAAGCAACAACAGUAAUUGGAUUUUGCUUUUACUCACAUCCAGGACUGAACGCCAUGUUCAUUGGGGUCUGCUUCAGCUGAUGUUAAUAAACUCCAGCACAAUUAUAGGUGUUGUUAAUAUUAUGAA